ACCUGCACGGCCCGAGGAGGAGGCGGCACCGACCACCGCGCACUGACUCCCUCACAGUGUUUAUCUGUUUGUCCUGAUCGGGGGAGGACUUCAAGCAGCGGCAGUGGGGGGAAAAAAUGGAAGAUGAGAGCAAGAGGAAGAUGAAGGAGAGAUUUGGCCUGAGGCAGGACAUCUUUAAGGAGUUCCUGGCAGAAUUUCUGGGGAUAUUUGUCCUGAUACUCUUUGGAUGUGGUUCAGUGGCCCAGACGGUGCUGAGUAAAGGGGCUCUCGGGGAGCCCUUGACCAUCCACAUUGGUUUUACUCUGGGAGUCAUGAUGGCCGUCUACGUGGCAGGGGGAGUGUCAGGAGCCCAUGUGAACCCUGCAGUCUCUCUGGCCAUGGUGAUCCUGGGGAAGCUUCCUCUAAAGAAGUUCCCUGUCUAUGUGGUGGCACAAUUCCUCGGGGCUUUUGCUGGAUCCUGUGCUGUCUAUGGGUUGUAUUAUGAUGCUUUGAUGGAAUACACCAAUGGAGAAUUCACUGUUACCGGUGCAAAUGCCACGGCUAACAUAUUUGCAUCUUAUCCAUCAAAACACCUCUCAAUCCUUAAUGGGUUUGUUGACCAGGUAAUUGCGACCGCAGCACUGAUCCUGUGCAUCCUGGCCAUUACUGACAAGAGGAAUAUCGGUGCUCCAAAAGGGAUGGAGCCUCUGUGCAUUGGCCUGAUCAUCAUGGCCAUCGGUGUGUCCAUGGGUCUGAACUGCGGCUAUCCAAUAAACCCGGCGCGAGACCUCGGCCCGCGGUUCUUCACGGCCGUGGCUGGCUGGGGGGUGGACGUAUUCAGAGCUGGGGGUUGCUGGUGGUGGAUCCCUGUGGCGGGGCCUAUGGUAGGCGGCGCUGUGGGGGCGGGCAUAUACUUCCUCUUUAUUGAGUUGCACCACACCGAGCCUGAAAAACAGGAGGAGAAAAACAUCCAGGACAAAUAUGAAAUGAUAACUCUGAGUUAGAAUUUAGAACAAGGUUAGCAACGCAACAAAGCCCAGCGGAAUUUCAUCAUUCAAUCGGUAAAUAUGCUAAUUUACAUUAAGCAGUUUUAUAAAUUUGAAGUUCAUAUUUGAUACAAAGCAUGCAUCAUACUAGACAAUUCCAAAGUAAUUUAUAAAACAUGCAUGACUGUUUUAUUAAGCCUUUAAAGUCUCUUUUUAUAGAAUAGUACAGGCCUCUUUCAUUGAUAUACAUUUAUAUAGUAUAGUAUAGGCCUCUUUCAUUGAUAUACAUUGAUAUGUAUUGAUAUGGAGAGUUUACUGUGCAAUGUAGAUGUGCAGUAUCCUUCAAAGUCUCCUAUUUCCUAUCCAGGAUCAUCUGCUCUCAUUAGAAUUAUUUGCCAAGUUUCUGUACAGCAUUUUUAUUUUUCAUUUUUAUUUGUAUUACUAUCUACCUAACAAACACGGGCAUCUAAUAUGUGCAGCACUUAGUAAAAGGUUUAGUUUAUGUCAAAAUGUUUAUCAACAAAACCUUUAGUCAUCUAAUGAUUUGUUUGAUGGAGAAACAUCCUCAUUCCUCAGUUUAACUUCAUCCUUUGCAUGUGAAAAAAAGGGGAUUGAUUGCUUUCCCUUUCUGUUUCAUUUUUAUCACCUGUUUGUGUAGAAAAUUCAGCCUUAAAUGAUUUUCCUGCCAUUGUAUUGUCACAGACACCCUUGAUAUUGACAAGCCAUAACAUAACAGACAUAACUGAGACUAAGUACAUAUCUGUGAAUUAAAAAGAAAACACGUUUAUUUUCUUUACAGCAGAAGCUUUUUU